AUGCAACGUGUCAUCGAGGUCGUGGUCGGUCGUCGCGCGCGAGGUAUCGUACCACGAGGCUUUGCUUGGCAAGUUCCGAACUGCGCCCCAAUUUCCUCAGGCGAACGACUUCCGUUUCUGACCUGGUACCUGUGCCUAUGCUCCAAAGCAACUACGACUCUCGGCGCCAAAUACAAAACCUGGCACAGUGUCGAGUGUCGAUUGUCGAAUGUCGCGACGCACACUAUUAGCGGAGAGAUAGUGGAGCAGGUAGAGAAGUUCAAGUACCUCGGAAUUGUACUUACUAGUGAUGGAAAAUUGGAGGAAGAGAUCGACCGGCGAAUUGGUGCAGCCAGCGGCAUUUCCGUGUGA